AUGGUUUCGUGGUCACUUGUUGCUGUUGUCGCGGCAAUAUUCACUGUCAAAUUCGCGCCGGAAUACUCGCUCUAUUCUUCCUACCUUCUCACAUCAACCACAUUCAUCCUCAUAUCAUGGAUAGCAAAGUUUGUCUAUGCAGCGAUCUUGUAUCCAGCAUAUUUAACGCCGCUUAGACAAAUCCCUACUCCUUCCAAACGAUCAUGGAUGUACGGCAACACAGAGUCGUUUGACCUUCGAUUCCCGGUGGAUUUGGUCCGGGAAUGGACAAAAUCUAUACCAAAUCCGGGGUUGCUUAGAUACUACGUGAUUGGUAAUUGGGAGAGGGUGGUGGUUCUAUCGCCCAAGGCCAUUGCUGAUCUGUUGGUGAAUAAGAGUUAUGAUUUUGUACGCCCGGAGAUUGCGCGGGUGCAGCUUAGUAAAGUUACUGGAGAGGGGUUGUUAGUUGCAGAGGGAGAUGCUCAUAAGGCACAACGCAAAAGCCUAAUGCCAUCAUUCUCCUAUCGCCACAUCAAAGAAUUAUACCCCGUCUUCUGGACCAAGGCCAUCCAGAUGACCAACGAAAUCGAAAAGGGGAUCAAGACCAACAAAUCAGGCGAAGAUAUCAUCAAGACCAGCGGAUGGGCAAGCAGAGCCAUGCUCGAUAUCAUCGGGCUUGCUGGAUUCGAUUACGAUUUCAACACUGUCGCAAACCCAGAUAAUGAGCUUGCGCGGAGGUAUGAGAGUAUGUUUUUUACUCCGACGGGGUGGCAGCGCGUUAUUGCGUUUGUGUGUUUGUUUAUUAUUGGGUUUAAGUGGUAUUUUCGGAUUCCCAGUAGGCAGAACAGUAUUAUGGAUGAUGCGAUGAGCUUUAUCCGCGGCACGGCUCAUGAGCAUUUGACGAAAAAGAAGAAACAGCUUCAAACAGACAGGAAGGACGCGCAUGUGGAUAUUUUAUCAGUGGCAAUGCGCAAUGGCGAUUUCACGGAUGAGAAUCUCGUCAACCAGAUGAUGACUUUUCUGGGUGCGGGUCACGAAACAACAUCCUCUGCGUUUCAAUGGGCUGUAUACGUCCUAUCCAAACAUCCCGAGAUCCAAACCCGGCUUCGCGAGGAACUUCAAGCGUCUCUCCCACGCAUCCCAUUCGAUGAGCUAAAUGAUAUCAAAGGCCUCAAGGACAACCAGGGGAAUAUCAAAGACACAUUCUCAGAGCUAUUCACCUCCAUAGACGGCAAUAACAACACCAAUAUCCCUUAUCUAUGGGCAUUCACCAAUGAAGUCCUCCGCUUCUACCCUUCUGCCCCAUUCACUUCCCGCGAAGCAAUUCGCAAUACAACUCUAGGCGGCCAAUUCAUCCCCAAGGGAACACACAUUCUGGUCGCACCAGAUAUAACAAACAAGGACACCGAACUCUGGGGUCCCGACGCAGAAACCUUCAAACCCGAACGAUGGCUCAAUUUUGAUCCUGCCAGCAGCAACAAGCCCGUUAGUUACAACAACAGCGGCGGCGCUAGUAGUAAUUAUGCGAUGUUGACGUUUAUUCAUGGACCACGAAGUUGUAUUGGACAGGGUUUUGCGAGGGCUGAAUUGGCCAUUUUUGUGGCGGUGUUUGUGUAUCGGUUUAGAUUUGAGUUGGAGGAUCCGGGGAGGAAGUUGGAGGUUAGAAGGAUGAUUACGCAGGCGCCAGCGGACGGGGUGGUUAUUAGGGUUAGAAUGGCUAAUUAG